AGUAGUAGGAGUGUGUGUGUGCGUGUGCGUGUGCUGGGGAGUCGGCGGCAGGGUCGAUGCGGUGGAGACGGCGAUGUGCGGCCAGCGUAGCCGGCGGUCCUCCGCCUACGAGUAGUAGCGGAUAGAACGUGUGUGCCGGCCGGGGUGCCCCGUCGCAGUCAUGGGGCGCGAACCCCGGUCGUCGUCGGCGACGGCGCGGCGGCCGCCGCCGGACCCGUGGAUCCCGUCUCUGCUCUGGUGCCGGCUGCUAGCGAUCGUGCUCUUCUUGUUCGGGCCACCGGCGCCAGCAUCGGCCAGGGAGGCAUCAUUUCUGGGCGACGGCUUCGUGUCGCUAGAGCUGGAGGAUGCUCGCGAGAGCACCGACCUGAGUCUACGCUUCCGCACGGCGAGGCCCGACGGGCUGCUGCUGCUCGCCGCUGGGCCCGACGACUACUGCCUGCUCCAGCUGGCCGGGGGUCGGCUGCGGCUGCGGCUCGAGCUGGGCGCCGGGGAGCCCGCGCUGCUCGAGAGCCCCGCGGGCGUGCGGCUGGACGACGGCGCUUGGCACUCGCUGCAACUGCGCCGGAGGGGCGCGCUGGCGCUGCUCCUCCUGGACGGCGUGCACGAGGCACGUGCCCAGCUGCCGUCGCGGUUCAUCCAGCUGGAUAUCAAGUGGGGGCUGUUCGCCGGUGGCCUGGGAGACUUCCAGGACCUCUUCCUCGGACACCUGCAGUCAUUCCGAGGGUGCAUGGCUGACGUGGUGUUCAACGAGGUCGAGUUGUUCGAUUCCGCGGCCGCGUCGUCGGUCGGCGUCGUGUGGGGCGAAUGCAGUGAGGAGUUCUCCGCGAGCCGCGACCAGCCCUUCAGCCUGGUGGAAGCGGACGCCUACCUGGCACUGCCCAAGAUGAACGCGCGAACGGGCGUCCUAGCCAUGGAGGUGCGCACGCAAGCGCCGUUCGCGCUGGUCGCCUACUGCGCCGGGCCGCCUUCCAAGGACGACUUCGUGGCUCUCGAAGUGAUCGACGGACAUCCCAUGGCGUCGCUCAACCAAGGAAACGGGGUGGUGACGCUUCGCAGUGAAGCAUCCGUCAACGAUGGCCGUUGGCACCGACUCGGUCUCCAGUUCGGCUCAUCCCACGUCGAGCUCAGCGUCGACGGCAACGUCGAAUCUCUGCGGACGGGCCUGGGCCGCAACCAGUUCUUUGAUCUGUCGGGUCCGCUCUUCCUGGGUGGCCUCGACGUGUCCGCGCAGUCUCGCGCCGUACUGCAGCAUGGCCUGCAAUCGGAGACCUCGCUUCGUGGCUGCCUGCGACACACGCGCGUCAACGACGUGCCCACCGGCCUCCCCGACGCCCUCGUCACCAGAGGUCUCAAGCCCGACUGUGUCUGGGAGUUUCCGUGCCUUCAGGACCCGUGCGAGCCGGGUGCCCGCUGCGUCCACGAGGGCACCGACGGAUUCAAGUGCCUCUGCGACACCGCCGCCGCCUCCUCCAACGGUGCAGUCAGCGGUGGUCGCGUCGACUGUGUUAGGACUAACUUCACCGGUCCCUACAAGGUGUACGCGUCGUCGCUCGACCAGCUGCUCGCGUUGUCGCCACUACGUGUGGCUGAAGGCGGCAGCGACCUGGUCACCACCGAGCACAUCCGUCUGCUGGUCGACCACCGUGACCUGGGUGUCAGCGACACCGGCGUGCUCUUCCACGUGAUGGACGCGCCCAAGCACGGCGCCCUUGAGAUCGAAGUGUGGCACCGUGGCACUCCCGACAAUGUGUUCACGCUGGCCGACCUGUCGACGCACAAGGUCCGCUACACGCACGACGGCUCCGAGAACCACAGAGACUCGGCCGUCUUCGAGCUCGAGUUCCGCUCGCGCACGUUCGACCUGCCUGCCGCGCUCAAGGAGCGCAAGCGGUUCGUGCUCCACGUGCUCGUGUCGCCGGUCAACGACGCUCCCAGGGUCAAGGUGUCCCCGGGCAAGCAGCUACGGCUCGCCAAAGGCACGCGCAAGGUGCUCUCUCCGGACCUGCUGCACGCGGAAGACGAGGACACGCAACCGUCACAGCUGGUCUACACGGUGCUUAGCCUCGGGGACGGCGACAAGGACGGCUUCAUGGAGCACGCCGACAGGCCCGGCGAACCGCUCAGGACCUUCACACAGGAGGACAUUGACCGGCGCCUGGUGAGCUUCGUUCACCGGGGUCGCGAGGCGGAGUCGCACGUGGCGCUCGGGGUGUCGGACAAGGGUGGUGGCGGCGGGUCGCCCGGCUCGGACAGCACGCAGACUGUGGUGUUGCGCGUAGUCACCUUCGAGCUGAGUCUGGCCCUGGUCAACAACACGGGCCUGAUGGUGGCCCGCGGAGGGUGGGCGACCAUCAGCUCCGCCAACCUGUCCGCCGUGACCAACGCCCCCGACCAGAACCUCGAGAUACGCUACGAGGUGACAAGGCCGCCUCGUCGCGGUACCCUGGAGCGACUCAAGAGUACCGGCCGAUGGUCUCCCGUGGGACACUUCAGCCAGCGACACAUCGUGCGCGGCAAGGUCCGGUAUGUGGAUAAGCUCAAGGAGGACCCUCAACCGACGCCGCCGAUUCAGCCGGAGCCGUCCAAAGGCGACAAGGCGGUGAGCGUGCCCGAUGACGACUCUGCGGCCUCCGACAGCUUCCAGUUCUUCAUCUCGUGUGCCAGCGCUCGGGCGGGACCCUACGAGUUUCGGUUGUCGUUCGAGAGCGUCCAGGCGGUGCACAACGAGCAGCUGACCCUGGAGGGCGUGCUCGAGGGCGUCGUAAGCGCCGCACACCUCACGUACGCCUCGUGGCCCAAGCCGUCGGCCGCCGAUGCUGUGGUCUACACGCUCGAGCAGCCGCCUCAGGCUGGUAACCUGCUGCUCACGGCUCUGCCGCAUGGUGGCGCGGCUCCAGCGGUGCUUGCGACAGGCAGUCGCUUCACACAGCUGCAGAUCGACCAGGGACUGCUUCGGUACCAGCUGAAACGGCGUGCCUUGACCCGAGUGUCGGACGUGUUCCGGUUCCGGGUGUCCACGGACGGCGGGGCUCAGGCGCGCGACCAGGAGUUCCGCGUGUGCCACAUGCCCAAGGACGCCGUGCUCGUCAGCGAGGAGCUGACCGUCGCCGAAGGGGGUCAGACGGCGCUCGGAGGGCUGCGACCGCUGCUGCAGGGGCGCCGGGCGCGCUUCAACGUCACGCGCCCGCCCAGCCAUGGCGAGUUGCGCCUUCUGGACGUGACCAGAGAGCGCGUCGAGCAGCGCGCCGUGCUCAACUUCACCUCAGAGCAGAUGGAGGCCGGCCGUCUGGUGUACCGGCACGACGACUCCGAGAACAGCCGCGACGAGUUCGACUUCGUGGCCUAUGAGCAGGGAGAACGACUGCUAUACGGCACGUUCAGGAUCUCGGUGACGAUGCGCAAUGACAACCCGCCGGUGCGCGUGGUCGACCGGGUGUUCCAGGUGGUGGCCGACUCUGAGCGGCCACUCACCUCGCAGGACCUGCGCUACGAGGAUGCCGACUCGCCUCCGUCACAGAUUCAGUACACGCGCCGGGACAUCCCAAACGGAGCCCUGUUUCACGCCGACAACAUGGCGAGCCAGGUGUACCGCUUCACGCAGGCCGACCUGGACAGCGGAAAGAUAAUUUUCCGGCACAGUGGCGCACCGUCAGCCCGGGCCGUACUUUGGGUGACAGACGGACAGUACUACGCAUCCGGGGUGCUCGAGAUACGCGCCUCCAAGCCGUUUGUUAGGGUGGCAGUCAACACGGGACUAGUAGUGCGGCGUGGCGAUGCGGCGCCCCUGAGUUCGGCCAACCUGUCAGCAGAGACGAACCUGCGAGCAGGAGCGGGAGCCAUCACCUACAAGGUCACCUCGCACCCUCGUCGCGGCCUACUCAUGGUUGGAGGCGCCGAGGCCCGGCAGUUUGGCCAGACUGACCUCGAUGCUCAGGCCGUAGAGUACGAGAGCGUGGACGGCGGUCAGGACUCGGCGCCAGCUGCAGCUUAUCAGGACUCGUUCGGGUUCGUGGCCUUCCUCGGAGACACCACGUCGGCGCCGGCCAACUUUCGGCUCACAGUGUACCCGGACAGCUUCUGGGAGCCCCUGGAGGUGUUGCGCAAUGCAACGUUGUUCGUCGACCAUGGUGACACUGCAGUCUUGAACUCGUCGACCCUGCUUGUCAGGCACCAGGCAAUGGAGCCAGCGAACAUCACAUUCAACGUCGUCCAGACACCGCUCUCCGGGCGGCUCCUGUUGGGCGAACAUGCCGCCAGUUCGUUCACGCAGGCUGACGUGAACGCGGGGAUCGUGCGGUACCAGCACACCGGAAAUGGAAGCGAAGACAGCGUGGUACUGGAGGUGUCCAACGGCAUCGCGUCCCACGAUCGACUGGAUCUUUCCGUUCGCGUGGUGCCUCAGGUCAUCCUACUCGAGACGGGCAACGUGAGCGUGCAAGAAGGCGGCCAAGCUAUUUUGGACUCAUCGCACAUCAGCGCCGGACCCCUACGUGAACUUUUUCCGCAACUUCUGGUCGUCGAACCCCCGCAGCACGGCCGCCUUUCAUCGACGGCCUUCUCUCCGGAGCAACUGGACGCCGGGGAGCUCAAGUACCAGCACGAUGGCAGUGAGACACUCAGGGACUGGUUCACUGUGGUGGCCCGAGGCGCGGGUCGGGAGAGCUUGCCCGGCACGGUGCACGUGUCUAUACAACCUGUCAACGAUGAGGCCCCGUACAUCGCCAACAAUACUGGCCUGGACCUGUGGGAAGGCGCCGUGGCACCCAUCUCUGCCACACACCUGGCGGCGCUCGACGAUGACUCGGAAGCGUCCCAGCUGCGGUUCCACAUCUCCACACCCAGCAACGGAUACGUAGCCCUAAAAAACGACACGAAGACCCCGCUGCUGUCGUUCACCCAGGACCAGCUCAACCGCGGACUGGUCGUCUUCGUGCACACCGGUUCACCGGCUGGAGGUUUCAAGUUUCAAGUGACAGACGGCCUCAAUCAAGGUUCACCGCACGUGUUCACGGUAAACGCACGGUCGCUGAAGAUUCGCUUGGAGCACAAUAAGACGCUCAGUGUUCUUCCGGGAAGCCAGCAGUCGAUCACUCGCGACCACCUCCUAGCCCGUACCGGAGAUCACACCCGCGACGUAUCUUUCGUCGUCGUUCGCACACCGCGCCUCGGCAGACUCUUACGUGAGAACCCCAGCGACGGAACCCUGGCCCAGCUCAGUCGAUUCACGCAGGCGGAUAUCGACAACUACUUGGUUCUGUACGAACACAGGUCUCCUAUGUCCGCGCCGGUGGAAUACGACUCUUUUGUUGUCGACUUGGAGACACCCAAUGCGGUGCCCGUUAAGAACAUCUUAUUUGCCAUUCGCAUUGCAUUGGAUGACUCGUUGGCCUCUGUUCUCGGUCAACUGCGAGUGUCCGAAGGAGGAAGGGUACCCCUGUCUUCAGCGUUGGACGUGGGAGCAUUAGAGGCUCUCUGGCGGGGCAAGCCGGACGUUCCUCCUAGGCUUCGUGUUUGUCUGCUGUCGCAGCCGCUGCGUGGUUGGCUAGAGGUUGACCAUAAAAAUGCCAGCGUACCAGUUUGCAUAUCAGCGCACAGCUUAGAUCGCGUAGUCUAUGUACAUGACGACUCUGAGACCUUAGACGAUUCCUUUGGAGUUGGGCUGUUUUUGACAGCGUCCGAAGGAGAUCACGGUGAUAUGGCAUUGCACAACAGUACGCUGAAAGUAGCGGUAGAACCGAUUAAUGACAAGCCUUUCAGUUUAGAGACACCGUCUCCCGUGAUCCGCGUAACUAGAGGGUACAGGACGGCUGUCACUCGGGAGACUCUCAAGACCACCGACGAUGACGGGGCUCCUUCUCAAAUUGUGUACAAGGUCGUCAGACAAGACGAAACUCAGGCUGCAACACUUAUCCUGGGGGAUUCGGACACCCCGAUAAAAAAUUUUACGCAGCAGGAUGUGGAUGAGGGAAGAGUGUACAUAGUCCACAACGGAUCGCCGAAAUCACCAUUAACCUUUAAUUUCAUCGUCAGCGAUGGCGUUCACCCGACGAAGCCCUUCAUUCUCACAGUGAACGUAGAGCCGGUGGUGGUCCGCGUUGCGAAUGCCACCAACCUCGUCUUACAACAAGGUGACCUCAGGGCAGUGUUAACUCCGGCGGUAUUUGGGGCCUGGACUAACGCCGACAGGGACGACCUGGUUUACAACGUCACAUCAGCGCCGCAUCUAGGACACUUGGUGUUUCCUGACGGAGCCUCGGUGGACGAUUUCACGCAAGGCGACCUCGAGCAAGGCCUCGUCAUCUACGAGCAGCUUGACCUAAGUGACUCCACAGAUUCGUUUUCGAUCGAGGUGCGCUGCGGGCCCAGCGCAGCCGUGCUUCGGAAAGUGGAAGUCAACGUGGAGGCCCUCGUCAGGCAACGACCUCUGCAAGCCAUGGCGGGCCGUUCAGUCUUGAUUACCGUGGAUCACUUAGACGCUUCUAAACUGGCGGCGCGAUCAAAUGGAAACCCCCGGUACAGCGUCACCCGGCAGCCCGUCCACGGCCUUCUGCUUCUGUCCAACGGCACUUCGCAGACGGCCGUUCUGCACUUCACUCACGAGGACGUGUUGAACGAGACCGUCUUUUACCGAGCUCACCGGAGGGACCCCGCAUCGGACGUUUCGGGUAUCAUCAAGGACCACUUCGACUUCGAACUGACGGCUCCGGGAGUCCAACCCGGCAGCAGCCGCUUCCACGUGCAUGUCCAGGUGGGCCACAGUUCUCCUGGUUUAGCGGCGACACCGCCUCAGUCGCCCACGGCCGUCGCCACGCCGUCGUCCCCCGCGGACAACACGAGCGGAACGACGACGGACGAUCGACCACCGGGCGUCGUCGAGACCGGUUCGCGGGCUCCGCUCCUGACUAACGAGCAUCUCGUGGUGAUUGGCGUGGCUGCCGGCGUACUGCUUCUGCUCACCGUCAUCGCUGUGGCUGGGGUCGCGUGCGGAGCGUGCCGCUCCCGGCGCGGAGGCAGCGACAAGUCCGGAGGCAGCGCGCAGUCGUCGUCGCGUGGCGGCAGCGGUCAUCCGCGAGAGGCCUUUCCCGAAGAACUGCCCGCGCCGCCAGCCCCGCCGCCCACGUCUCCGUCGAGCAGCAGCAGCGAGCCGGCGCCCACGGUGGUGGCGGCGGCGGCCGGCCCGGAUUUGGACUGCCUGCCUCCGCCGCCGUACGCGGGCGGGACAGGCGGCGGCGCGCCUGGGACAGAAGUCAGCACCGCGGUGCCCACGUGCAAGGUGACGCCCCUGGGACACGCCGAGGCGGCCAAGACGCCUUCGGAAGGGGGCGCCAGCGAGAGCGAUGACUGGAACGGUGACGUGCGCUUCUCAGCACCCACGACAGUGCUCAGGAAGAACCAGUACUGGGUAUAGUCGGGAAAGGGUGGUGUGAGCGCCGUCGCUUCCAACAGAGGCCUUUUUAACUUCACUCAUCGACUCAUUCGCGUGCGUGCGUGCGUGCGUGCGUGUGUGCGUGCGUGCGUGCGUGCGUGCGAGUGUGUGCGCGUGUGUGCAUGUCCCCAGUGUCCGUGCACGCUGUUUUAGUGGUGUUUUUACCAGACGACACAUACUCUGUACGGGCACUCGUGGUUCCUUCACCUCUACAAGUGCAGUUUAUUGUUUUCUUUUUUACUCGACCGAUGGGCCGUCCUGCUUGUCAGCAGUGGUACGUCGCGGGUGCGAAGCGCUUCGCGGCUGGUGUGCGUGGCACGUUACACAUCCUCAAAGACAGCUGCAAGCGACAGCCACCUGAACGGGUGACACGCCUGAAGUUCUGACUUGUCACUGCCUUAUAAAAAAGUGCAAGGCAAACUUUGUUACGGUGACGGUACGCGGUUAAGUGAAGUGACGACGUAGUUGUUUGUUUACAAUUUCCGUAAUUGGUCAGCGCUUGGUGGAAGGAAUGUUUUUAUACGUAUCUCCGUCAUUGCUCAACAAUAAGCUUGAAGUCACUGGAGCCCUUUCGACGACGUCCCGUUAGGAGAGUACAACUGUCAGGCUCUCUGGCGUGUGUGAGCACGUAAAAAAUCGACAAAGGCCGUCUUAACGACGCCCUGCACAACAUUGGCCUCAACAGAAUGGGGUAAAUCACAGCAACACCCUGUGAAGUUGUUAUCGCCACUGCAGUAGCGACAGAGGUAGGAAUUCUUCAAAUGAUAAAGCACGCAGGAAUCGAUAGCUUCUAGCCAUCUACGCUGAAAGGUAUGACAUAUCUCCAACGUCUAUAAUGUCAGCAACGCAGGUAGGCAUAGUUACGAAUCACGCUAGUUUUGUUGUCUUCGGCAAUGCGAAUUUUACAGGUGUCCUCCAGUGACUUCAGUAUAGCCCGUCUUUCUAUAGUCACCAUCAUCUCGCGCUAUUCAUGAAGCACGGACGAUCAUACUGAGCCGAUGCGACGGUGAUCUUUUCUCUGUCAGGUAUUGCCGUGUUCAUCUACUAUUGCCACCUCGUCAAUGUUAUCCCUGUAAUCUCAAGUCUUCCUCCGCGUACACAGUCGGUGCCCUUCGAACGGUGAGGUUUCCGUUAUUUCUUUUUUCCACCCCACGACUCGAAAAAAAAAAAAAAUUUGCUCACUGAAUUUACUAGUAGGUUUUACCGACAAAUUAUUUCAGUGACUCGCUGUGUAGUUAACUCCUCGUAACUGGAGGGAAUUUCCACGCAUCCUUAAUUCCUUGAGUUUCGCGAGAUUCAAAUAUAGCCGCAUCUGGAAGUAGCUGAACCACUUGCCUUCGUUCUUCACAUUCUUUGUACUCACUAUGCUCGGCCACAGACGAAACCUCGCUGUUCGAAAAGCCGCGUGCUAUAACCCGCAGAAAAACUGCCUUCUAUGUCGUCGUCGUACACAGAAGCACUAUUUUGUUACGAACACUCACUGAAGAGUUUACUACGUGCUCCAGCGCUGCCUAACUCAUGAACGCACGCGUGUGAUGCCAGAAUUUUUGCAUGCGUAAUACCGGAUAUAUAUGCACCGGCGACUAGUUAAUUUUUCAUUCGCUGGAGUCGCCUCUGGUAUGCUUCGUUUUUUUUAUACCCUUGUCACUUCCUCUAGUAAACACGCUAGAGCCAGGGACGUGGCUACGGUCAAAAUGCAAACCAUGAAGGCAAAUAAGGGAACAUGUUUUGUGGCAUUCUAGUUAAAAGGUAAAGGCGACGCGAGUGGAUAUGCUCGCACGUGCACACUGAGCAAAUAAGUGUUGGCGACAUAUGCCCACCCCUUUGUGCAGUCGCCUUACAGAGCGAUGUUUUGUAUUUACGUAUUUCUGCAGCGGCGUAGAAACCAAGUUUUGGGAGAGGUUGAUAGUGGCGGGUCUUUACAAGCACGUCACGAAGGCGGGCGCCUUGAAACGUUCAAAACAAAGCCGCGGAAAACAGAACAAUUUCGCGCCACACCAUUGUGGAUGACUGAACACGACACGUUUUCCAAAAGUAUUUAUACACCUGUCCUCUGUUAUAACAGAGCAAGCAAACUCAAGUCUAAAAAAUCCCCGUAUAUACUAAUGGUGGACAAGGUGUACAUUGUCUUCGCGGAUCAAAUGAAUACGCAAAAGUAAUAUAGCAAAGGAAUACGCGAGUUAAGGUGAAAAGGGCUUGUUAUGCAACGUCGGGUUACAGUAUCGGUGGAACCGCAAUUUUUUGUUACCUCAUUAUACUGAUGCGGGAGAUCACUAUGUGACUGCAGUACUAUUUCCCUCGCACCUGUACAAUCAUUUCUUUCAUGCGACCUGGUUUCGGGCUACUGGGAGGGACAAACACAUCGAAUACCUUCGCGGGAUUUGCAAAAGCCGGUUUCCAUGGUCAGUCAUAAUAACAAUACUUAAGAGCCGUUUACCCAGCAUAGGAGUGUUGGGUACAAGAUGCAUGAAAUAUGAGUAGAUAGCACGUGAUAGAUACAACACACACUUCGCCUUUUAGACUUCGAACAAUUAACCUUUUAGUGUCUUAUUAUAACGUUAUGCCCUCGAAAACUCGUUGGGAAACAACAGUUAGCCUCGUUUACCCUGAAUUUUUACCGCCUUACUGUUUCCGUAACCUCGCAAAUAAAACUUGAACAAGAUUUUUAAAAGUUGUGUGACUGUCGUCCAGCACGUGUCCAGCUCCUCCCACUUUGCCGCUCUUUGUCGAAAUGAUGACAACAUUAUGAUAGCCUCAAUAACUGUCCCUUUAUUUAAUGAUAGUGUUUAGCGUUCCUCCUACGCAGUGCGCAAUCGGCCACACAUAAUGGAGGUGGUAUGAAAAUUAACAAAUAUCUAGAGUAUGCUGGUAUCAUUGAUUCUUUCUGUCUUCUUUUUUUUUUUUGUAUCUGAGCACAAAGUACCGCCGAAUGACCGCAGAGCAUUAUGUUGCCGACGUAAUACAUCAGACAAGACAUCGAAAAGGAAUUCGCAUAUAACAACUGAGCGUGUUGGUUAGGAGAGAAAGAUUUUAAUGACAGGAAAGACAGACUGAUUGUCCUGAGCUGGUGCGCUCUAAUAUGCUACAAUUGCGCUUAUAAUCAGUAGACAGAGAACCACGUAAAUUUCUAACAUGGCACCAUUCGCAACCAGCAAAAUUCGGCCGUUUUUCUUUCCUUCAGCAACGAUGCUAAAUAAGUCCCUAAUUGUUCACAUCCCAACAGGCAAUAAAACCUUGCUUUCCCGACGCCCGAGUUAACAGUGGCAUACCAUAUUAACUCGAAACUCAAAAGUACCCACUUCAUCAAAAGAAGUGAAGGUUGUGCAAGGCGGUUGAGAUCGCGUUACCACAGUACUACAGGUGAUGUAAAGAGUAGGAUGGAUGUAAUGUUUAUUUCGCACUUCACUGUAUAUGCAAUAUCAUAUAUUUAUCCAGUCAACCAAGGGGUAACGAUGCUCAGGUUCGCCUGAUGGCGCUGGCAGGCUGUUUUUUGAUCAUCAUUUCUUGCACUUGCACGCACUGUUGUGAGGGGUGGCACGAACACUAGCCCGCUACAUGUCAGGCAGCCUAUUUACGUCAUCACUUCAGUGACGCAUUCGAAGUUGGAAAGGAAACUGGACCCUUACUGCGUGUGGAACCUACGACUUGACACAAGAUUUUCGAUGCCUGCGUCACUCGGGAUGCGACAGCACCUUCGAUCAAAACACCGGUCUUCCGUUUACCAGAAGUUAUAAUUACAGUAAUUUCCGGAUACAUAUAAGAAAAUGGUUGGCACGAAAGUGAAAUGAUCUCACAACUGUCCAAGUUGUCGUUUCUCUGAUGGAAGUUAUCGCUUCCUUGGGAUCCUCAAGCACAUCAGUCAAUUUGCACUGCCAUUUUACUAAGCCAUCGAAUUGACCAGAGCCAGAUGUUUCCUUACGUUUCCUUCCUCUAUUUUUAAACUUUCCCAAAAGAUGUCUACAGGCUCCCUGGCACGCGUGCUGGAAGUGUUAGCAAAAGGCCCAGAGACAAGAAAGCAAUGGGGAACUUGCGCGAAUGCACACACACACCUGUGACCUAUUUCCGUUAAACCAGCGCUGCGUCCUCGAGAAAUAGUGGGAAGAAAUGCUUCAAGGGGGUGCUUCACAAGCCAUAAAAUCCCUAGACAAUGUAAGAGCAGUGCAAAGAAGCACUCAUCAUCGACGAAAAGCAAGCUGGCAAAGUUCUGCCAGUGAACUCUAUACAAUACCUACGAGAUAGUGUGCGCCAGCAUUGCAUUAAAGCACGGGACCUUUCGACAAAGGAAAAAAAAACAGUGAAAUUAAAGCACAAAAGGUACUAAAGUGAGAUUUCUGGCUUGAGGGGCAGUGCGUGCACGACUAACUGGUAUUCAACUGGCACGCAACUGCCGCACAGUUCUGCGCUCAAGACUUCGAGAAUCACAGCGAGAGAGAAAUUAGAGGGCAAAGGCAGGGAAGUUAAUCAGAAGGAAGGCUUCUGAUCGCUUCUCUACAAUGCUAAGGGUGGAAAAAAGAGCGGAGAGAUUACAGCGAGCUUUGUGUUUUGCCAGAUGCUCCAAUGAGUUAGCGUGCUCUGGAAUCAUUAUUGUCAAAGGUCUUAAUUAAGCGGCUAUAGAAUAGGGUCUGCAUCUCUAAAGUUCUAAACUCGUGUAAAAAAAAAUGACUCGCCAGUUUGGCCCUAUGAAAGUGAAUGUCCAGCGAAGCUGUUGUAAACCGCGACAACUGUUGAGGGGGGGGGGGGGGGGGGGGGGGGUAUGUAACGCUUUAUUGCUCAAUUCUUCCUCAGGCGCAAUUAUUCAGCCACAGGAUGACGUGGACGUGCGCACUUCCCCUGUGCUGGAAUUCCACGGCAAUACGAUCAGCGGCAGCACACCGCCGCCGGUCGUAUUGCCGUUUCGUUUUCCUUUGCCGCUCCUCGUAUUCACGCUGCUGCUCCGGAGUUCUAACUAUGCGUUGCCUACCCAUAGCGGUGCUGCAACAAGAAUAAAAUGCAUUGUUAGGCUGGUGUGUUAUGUAAGCUAGCCUACUGACGUCACUCCCCACGUCGCAAGCUGCCGUCGCCGCGGCAGCUUGUGUAACAGUAAUAUUCAGUGGGAAAUGAAUACGGGGAGCGCUACGGGCUUCGCAUUGUUAGCAAGUGGUUCGGAUGCUUGUUUUGUACUUGCUCUUUAUUGAAACGAAUAUGCUGUACUGUAUGUUGUAUGCGUGAUACCAAAGAAUGUAUGCACUUUUCGCUUCAAUCGCUGACGGUUUUUUUUUUUUUUUCGUGAGGACGACGCCGCGGAAAAUCCCCACUAACUAGAGUUAAAAUAUAUCUCAAGCUCAUUGAGUUUAAGUAGCGGUUUUUUUUUUUUGUCUGCGGGACCUAAUAUCUUCUCCAUCUGCAACUUAUAGUAGGCCGGGUAGUGGAGAGCAACGCAAGGCGUCGUAACAGCCCGGUAUAUCAGCAUCACGUAAAAAGCAUCCAAUACUCACUCCGCUGGUCACGCGGGAUUGUUCCUCCUCCUUUCUUCAUAAUGCUUUUAAUGAAGCAUUUUCAAGUGAACUCUAAUGUCACAUCCAGUGAAACCAGACAAUUGUGGCGUUCGUCUGAAGUGAUGCAACGUAAUGUAUCCUCAUGCCAAGAAGCAACGAAACAAUGCGAACAACUUGAAGGGUAACUUGAAAUCGUCCGACCACAUCGGAUUAAACUGCAGGAAGGAUGCCGAUAGAUUCGCCAAAAAGGCCCUGAACGAAGGAAUUCAAUGUGCGAUGUCUAACCCCCGUAUUCAGAAAUGCAACUUCGCUUCAAGUCCGUGCUUGACUUGAUUUUAGUGACGCCUAUAGUGAACCCGCCGAAGAAACGCAAUGAUCUUCCAGAGCAUUUUCAUGCCAGGCGUCGUUUAAAUCAAGUCAAGCAUGGGCUUCAAGCUAAGUUGCAUUCCUGAAUACGGCGGUAAGUCGGUUAUCCGGAAUAUUAGAAGACAGGUAGGUGUCUACGCACUGUUCCGCGUAGAAGUGGCUCGAGAAUGAUGAAGUGAAAUAAUCAUUGUUAUAUGAAAUUGACCCUCAAAAAGAAUUCAACAUAGAACCAAAUUUCGCGCGACACAUAUAUACAAUAUUUUCGCAGGCUUCGACUGGAAGUAGCAUAGACAAAUAGUUUUCUGUACAGGCCACGCCACUCCACGUCUCCUGAGUAAUGCUAUGGUCUUGAAACUGAGAACGUUUGUAACGUUCUUCUUGAGUGCUGCAAAUACGGUUAAGAAGGAAGAACGCUAGUUAAAAAGCUAGGAAGUUUGAGCAAGCACCCCUUUACAAUGCAAAAAUUACUUGGGCUGUGGUUAGCAAGUCAUCUCCAGCAAAGGCAAACAUAUUGUUAAAAAUGUUUUAGUGGACGCGAGUUACAGAACUGUUAAUGAUAAGUAUGGUCCUGUUCAGUUAUAUAUGAAGUGACGCGUUUAUGCUAUGUGCUGUGAAAGAAACUUGAACAGAGGGAUGUGUCUGGUCCUACAAUCCAUUUAUUACGUGGAUGACUCUUGCGCCAAUGAAUCUAUGGACCACGAAAUGGGUAUAUCAUUCGGGUAGCGGCAUGGACAGAGCGUCAGUGAACUCUCCGUUGCGAUGUUGUUAUCUUUAUUAGCACAUUUCAUGUUUUAUUCGUUUAUUUAUUUUAGCAUUGUCAUGUAUUCCUUUUUUUUAUUUCUUGCUGCAUAACAUAGAGAAAUGGAGUAGCCGAGGUGCUCUUUAUCUCAGUCUCUCCACAGCAACCCCUGUGUACCAAAACAAAAAAGAACUUGUUAGCGUUCCCAACAUCCCAUAAAAAUCCUGCAUUAAAGAAAAAUAAACAAGGGUAAAAUUCGCGAAUUUUUCGUUUGUAAGAACUGUUCGUCGUUUGCCGGUUUCCUUCAAUAUUAUUGGCUGGUGCAUGUUCUUGCGAAACCCUUGAGCCUAGGAAAGAUUUAUGAACACGAGCUCCAAUGCCAGGACUUGGUCGACAACAGUGAAGUGUUGUACAAUUUUCUUUAAUGGCGCCCGAUGGACCCAUGAAUAGCGCCCAUCAUACAUUUGUACGAUGCUCGAGUUUCACUGCCCGCAUUGUUAUGUUUGUCUGUCGACGCUCGUGCGCACCUAUUGCGACGUCGUGUCGGGUUGAUGAUAUAUGCUUCGAUGAAGCGAGAGCGGUUGUGGCCUCUUUUCACCUGAAAAAAAGGUCAGAUUAUGUGCUUGUGAACCACGUUGUCUACUGCACCAUGCAACAGUUUCAAACUUUGGUUCUUAAGUUCCGUGGUACUAAGAGGUUGUAUGUCGCGAAUUACUUUUUCUGGCGACAAGGUGAUCAUGAAUAGGACUUUACCUGUCAGCCCUGACAGCACCUGCAAGAAAUAUACUACAUAUACAUGUUAUUACAGCUCUCAAACCUGUGACGUUGUCUUCUUGACGUUAAUGAAGCGCUGAAGCAAUGACUCCUGCAAUGUUGAACGAACGUGAUUAUAUGUCGCAGCAUACACUGCCAAGACAUUACCGGAUAUUAACGAAGUGGAUGUUCUCGGAGCUCUAUGCACAAUAGCAUACUGUGAGAAAGGUCGCCCGCCGUUUAACGACUCCAUAAGCUAACAUCAUGAUGCGCAGUGUUACUUGGAAGAGUUUCUUGCAAUAGAAGGGCGUGCGCAAUACGAUUGGCCGCCUAAAUCUUUUUGACAACUUGUUUCAAUCCUAGCGUAGAUGCGUUUCCGUGUUAGCCAUGUUUAUGCCGUUGAUAUCAAAUGCCACUUGAGCUACUUAUUUCUGUUAUUUGCUGUUUGUUAGCAACAGAUAUAGAGGAGUAUAUUGGCUACUAAGUGCAUGAAAAGCGUAUUUGUCUUUAGGCUGUACUUUGGCUGAUCUUCCACUGAAAGAAAUCCGCUUGACAAAUAGGCAGUGUAUGGGCAAGCAAGGACUAUUCGUGUCUUUUGAAAAACAAGUGAGGACUUCGUAGGCUCACUGAACACGAAUAGAGUAGGGCAAAUGGUAUGGUCUUUAUGAAUGUUAUCGUUUUGCUUGCGUACUAUCUCGUGCAACUAAAUUAUUCCUUUCGUCAAAUGACCGACAAAAAUUUUAAUACCUAAGCUAGCACAAUGAGUGAAUAUAACACGAAUUUUAUUUCACCCUACGGUAAGGGAAUAACCGGCCUGUUCGUGUACGGGCCCUUCGAGGCUAAGGCUGACAAAAUAACAAAACAAAAAUCAUCGUCGUGUUUUUCGUCAUUCUUCAGGGCCAAACUAUAAUGCAUAGUGAGAAAAACUUGUUUACAAAGGGGGUAAAAACAGAGCAAAGGACAGGACGAAAGCAGUGACGAGGUACACAGCGUUGGGUACAUCGUCUCUGCUUUCGUCAUGUCCGUCAUGCUCUUUUUACUCCCUUCGUCGUGAGCCAACCAACUCAACACACUCAUGCAAAACUUGUUUCGCUAACGUUUCUUGAAAUUGGAUACUUAGUAUGCCACUUAGGGUUUCAUGUUUCUGCGAAAGGAACAGACUGUGUUUAGUGCAUGACUCGUGCGUCUUUCCUGAAUGCACGAGUUAACGAUGCAAACAAUUACUUGGAAGCAGCCACGUUGAUUGUGUGGCUUAACCACGCAUUGUAUACUCUUGCUUUUUUUUUUUUUUGUCUUGUAACGCAACGAUAUUAUCAAAGAAACGGUUUAGGUGAAUCUAACUGAUCUAGCAGACCUACCCCUAAUGUUGAUAUUAGGUUGCGUAAUGCUUCCACGUCUAGUUGCAACAAAACUGGUCGAUCAGCGCGCAUGAGUGAGAAGUGCCAUGAUGGCCAUUUCAGUGAGAGAGCGUUGGUAACUUUGGUUCACACGGUUGACACCAUCGAAUACCGCGAUAAGUGCGGCCUUUUAUGAGUUUGUGUUUUUAAUUACGCUUUCCUGUUAACUCACGUGACUUUCAUUUUCGUAAAUCUUGGGACCACAUACGGACAAACUGGAGGAAAAAGAAGACUCAUGUUGUUACGAAUUAGUGGUUACAACCAGUGUGGUUGGGCCUGUACGUCGGUUCGGAGAAAGAUACCAUUCAAGCUUACGUUCGAAAACUGCGCUUGGUUAAUUCCCAGUUGUGCCGGUUUAGUCGUUCAGAUUGUUUUCACAAAGGCGUUACUCGCAACCGGGCAUGAUUCAAACUUAUCUCUGAAAACGAGGCUGUCUUAUCUGUCCCUGGAAGCCGCGGCCUUCUUGCGUAAUGCAAUGAGCCGCGAACGUAUACCUUGUGCGUUGGGUUACGCUGUUAUCUGUGUUGUUGCUUGUCGCACAAGGAGUGCGCACUCAACGCCGCUGAACUUGUAUGUUGUGAGUGUACUGCUCGACGUGGCAGACUUGUUGGCUUGCCGGAAAGGCCACUACCCCUUUUCGCUUUUCCUGCUGUUCGACUGAUGGCAGGGGUGGGACCGUUCGGGCUUCCUCAUUGAAAUAAAGGCCUUUUUUCCACUGGUUUUAUCAAAC